UCCUUUCACUGAAAUAUGUUUGUACCUGGCAGUUUGGGGCGACACUCCGUCUUCUUCUUGACUCUGGCCAUCCACAUCGUCUUCACAUUAUCAUAUUGCUGGGUUUCUAACAUUGGCCUUCACCUCACACUCCGCUUCUUCCAAGGACUCAGCUUCGAGAGUAACUACCUAAUGCCUUACACCAUCGUGUUGGAGGUGGUCCCGCCAGACCAUCGUGCAAUGGUCAUCAUGCUGUGUUUCGCUGCCUGGUCGUUCGGGAUGUGCUUCACCGCAUUGGUGGCUUGGCUCAUCCCUAACUGGCAGUAUCUAGCUCUCAUAUCCUGCCUCCCUUCACUUCUCGGCUUUUCGUUCUGGAGGUACUUACCGGAGUCGCCACGGUGGCUGUUAUCUAAAGGUCGGCUGGGACAAUGUGUGGACAUUCUCCUCCAGAUGGCGCGGGAGAAUGGCAAGGAGGAAACGUCACGAACUCACCUGGAGGAAGACUUGAGGCGCCUUACAUUGACGGAGCCUGAGAAGGUCCCCUUUUCGCAAGUCUUAGCCUACCCCAAGCUUAGAUUCAGGGCCAUCUUGAUCUUUUUCAUGAUGUACUGUAUGCACGCAACUUACGGCAGCUUGCUGCUGGGAAUCAACGUCAUGCCCAGUAACUACUUCCUCAGCCACUUUAUAUUGUCGAUCUCCGAGCUGCCCAGCAACUUCCUGGGGUGGAUCAUCACACACUACCUGGGUCGCCGCUUCAUGUGCUGGUUCACUUAUAUCCUCCUCGCUGUCUUCGCCGUCGCCGCCACUUUCUGUACUCACGACGAAUGGCUGCUGCUCAUUGUUUUGGCGAUGGCGAAGCUGCUGGCCACUCAGGGGCUGUACGUGAUCUUCGUGUUGGCCUCGGAGAUCUUCCCCACCUCCGUCAGGACCUCCGGCAUCGGUUUAACCAUCGUCUUCGGGACGUUGGGCAUGGUCGUGUGUCCCUAUGUCCUGAAUUCCGGGCUGGGUGCGACCUUCCAGUACUGGGUAAUGGCGGGUCUGUCGCUGAUGUCGCUGCUGCUCUCCCUGCCAGUACCGGAGACCAUAGGGCUGCCCCUCCCCCAGACCUUUCAGGAGGCUGAGAACCUGGGUGCUGGCCGGCCCCUCUCGGCCUGGAUCCACCACUGGAACAAGAACGAGUACCCGACCCCAUCACCACUGCACCUACUCCCGGAUCACCAACAGGAACUAAAAGAGUUCAACCCCAAAAAGCCUUUCGUUCAGUAAGGUGAGGAAAGAGUGUAUGUCACCAAUACACCUUUUCACAUAUCCGUUGAGACAUUGUUGCAUAACUAU